UAAACAUCCUCAAAUCCUUUCCUUUAUUAUAUAUACAUAUAUUUUCAAUUUCUCUCUCUUUCUCUUUCUCUCUGUUUUUUGUUUUUUGUUUUUUUUGUUUUUUUAUUUUUUUUGGUUUUUGUUGGUCUCUCUAAUCUCUUUUUCCUCUAUUCCUUAACUGAGAGAGAGAUGAGCUAAAACAACCCCCUCUGACUGUAAACGCCGUAACGGACCCUCUCCUUCCUACAAAACGCCGUUACUUCAACAGCAAACAAUCCAUUUAAGUCACGUGCGGUCUAAAGAAACCCUUGCGCUUUGUUAUUAUUUUCGUUGCUUUGCGUAUUUUUUAUGGCUUUUGAGCAGGUGAGCCUGCCUACGAACCCCGUUGACGGCGAAACUGACGGCGUGACAAACGGAGUUGAAGCACGGCCUGCGUCCACUGACGGCGGAGAUGACGGCAGUAAAACGCCGAGACUUCCCCGUUGGACCAGGCAAGAGAUUCUCGUCCUCAUACAGGGGAAGCGAGUCGCCGAGACCAAGAAUCGCAGGAUUCGGACCUCCGGCGCGGCCUUCGGGUCGGGUCAGGUCGAACCCAAAUGGGCCUCGGUGUCUUCCUACUGCAAGAUGCACGGAGUGAACCGUGGACCGGUUCAGUGCCGGAAGAGGUGGAGCAAUUUGGCUGGCGACUACAAGAAAAUCAAGGAAUGGGAGUCUCAGAGGAAGGACGGAAACGAAUCGUUUUGGGUCAUGAGGAACGAUUUGAGGCGCGAGAGGAAGUUGCCCGGCUUCUUCGACAAGGAGGUUUACGAUAUUUUAGAUGCCGGGUCGGGUGGCGCUCCGCACACCACGCUCCAUCCGCCGGCGCCGCCGUCGGAGGAGAAGGACGGUACGGCUGACGAGGUGGAGGAGACGGGUGCGAUGUUCGAUAGUGGUCGGGGUGCGACGGCGGACGAUGGGCUCUUCUCAGACUUUGAGCAGGAUGAAUCGGGUCGGAGCCCCGAAAAGGAAGCAGCAGCCAAGGAGGGUCCUGGGAUUGCCAUGGGGAUUCCUGCUGUGCCAAUAUCAGAGAAGCAGGGCCAACCAGUUCUAAGGGGGUGUCAUGGUCAAGGUCAAGGUGCAUCAAAUGAGAAACAGCCAGCCCCAAAUCCUGAGAUCGGAUCUACUUCUAAAGAUGUACGGAAGCGAAAACGGUUUGCUUUUGAUGGAGGAGAUGAUGAAACCAGUCUGCAGAAUCAGUUGAUUGAUGUUUUCGAGAGGAAUGGGAAGCUGCUGGCUGCCCGUCUUGAUGCUCAGAACUCUCAUUUCGAACUCGACAGGGAGCAGAGGAAAGAUCAUACUGCUAGCGUAGUCGCUGUUCUUAAUAAGCUUGCAGAUGCAUUAGUGAGAAUUGCAGAGAAGUUGUAGCAGAGGACAGCCAGAACUUAGUGUACAUAACAGAGAAUUCUCUCACAAAAGACCAUUAGGUAUUAGCGGGCGCUGGAAAAAUUAGACUGAGGGUUUUGGCAUCUCUAUCUUCCUUCGGUUUUCUUUUUUCUUUUCUUUAUAAUUUAUUUUGGCUUCUUUUUUGGUAUAUGCCACAACCUUUUUGUGGCUUAUCACCACCAUUAUAGGGCCUAUACACAGGGAUUUGAGAAAUUUUAAAGGGUCGCCACAUUUCGACUGCUUUUCUGUCAUAUAUAUUCCAGCUAUAUAUUUGAAAUUUUUUCUUUUUCUAUAUACUUUAUUGAUUGUACAGUACAUGGUGAGGCUGUUAAUAUUUGAUAAGAUACAUAUAUUAUUAUUAACUAAUGCACAGCUCUUUAUUUUGUC